UUUCAUCACUUCUCUCUCGCUUUCGCUCUCCCUCUUCCUCUCUCAAUUUUAGGAUUCUCUCUCACUGGACCAUUCAAGAGCUCAGCUCCUUGUUCGCUAGAAGACUAUUGCUCGAGCCCUAUUACUUCAAAGUUGAAUGCUCAGUGACAGUCCCAAGAAAUCUAGGGAGAGAAAUCACAAUGUUGACGUAUAUUUUCCCACCACCUCCUUCUCUUUUCGUCACAGCAAUGACAGUGAUUAGCUUCACAUCAUCCGCUAGUCUUGGGCUUUCGGAGCUGAGGGGAAAGCACUUACACUAUUCGAAGUUCUUGAAUUCCGGUUCUAAAACCUCUGCUGCAAAGAAAAUUAAACUAUCUAGUAGAACAGGCAUGCUAAUAGCUUAUAAUCCUGCAUUUCUCGCUGGUGUCGCAUCAUUUUUGCUUUAUCCUCAAGAGAAUAUCAGAAUCUUAUUGCUUUGUUUAGCCCUAACCAUUCAUUUUUUCAAAAGGAUUUUUGAGGUUCUGUUUGUUCACAACUAUAGUGGAGAGAUGAAUCUUGAUGUUGUGUUGGCCAUCUCUCUCAGUUAUUUUCUGUCUACCACAACUGUGACUUACGCUCAAUACUUAGCGCAAGGGUUUCCGGAGCCAUCAGUUGAUUUGAAGUACCUUGGAUGUCUGCUGUUUCUAAUAGGGAUCUCUGGCAAUUUCUAUCAUCACUACCUUCUUUCUAAAAUUCGGUCAAAGGGUGACAAGGAUUAUAAGAUUCCCAAAGGCGGUUUGUUUGGACUCGUGAUAUGCCCCCACUAUCUUUUUGAAAUCGUAGGAUUUGUGGGGAUUUCUCUUAUUUCUCAAACUCUCUAUGCAUUCUCGUUCACCAUAGGGUCAGCUUUAUACUUGAUUGGAAGGAGCCGUGCUACGAGAAGAUGGUAUCUUUCCAAGUUUGAUCAUUUUCCCAAAAAUGUCAAGGCUCUCAUUCCAUUUGUUUUAUAGAUGUUUUGAAUUCAAAAGUAGACAACAGAUUAUGUAUAAUCAGUCUAGUGAGCAUGUGCUGAGUAACCCAAGGCAUUUCUACUUAGCUACUGGAUCUUUAAACUUUUCUCUUGCUGAGUGAUCCACAAGUAUUUUGAUUAUUCUGCUUAUUUCUGAAUGUGGUUCAUACAACAAUGAUCAAAUAUACAUUUAAUGUAGUUUGGUA